AGCGCGAGGAGAGGCGCGCUGGUGCUGGAACCGCGCUGGUUGUUGGGGGGGUGGGUUACCGUGAGAGGCGCACCGGGCUGCAGCUGAACCACUCAGGUGGGCGGGGACUGAAGCCCCCCCCAAAGAGGUCGGCAGAUAAAGCAGGGAGCGAACAUUUCGGGACUUCCCUCCCUCACAAACAAACACUCACUCACUCACUCACUCACCAUCAGCAGCAUCAGCAGCAGCAUCCAUCCAAACCGAGCAACAUCAUGGCAACCACCACUUGUACGCGCUUUACAGAUGAGUACCAGCUGUACGAGGAGCUUGGCAAGGGGGCCUUCUCUGUGGUGCGUCGCUGUGUCAAACUCUGCACGGGCCAAGAGUACGCCGCCAAAAUCAUCAACACCAAAAAGCUCUCUGCCAGAGACCAUCAGAAGCUGGAGAGAGAGGCCCGGAUCUGCAGAUUGCUCAAACAUCCCAACAUCGUCCGUCUUCAUGACAGUAUUUCAGAGGAAGGCUUCCAUUACCUCGUCUUUGACCUGGUGACAGGAGGGGAACUCUUUGAAGACAUCGUGGCAAGGGAGUACUACAGCGAAGCAGACGCCAGUCAUUGCAUCCAGCAGAUCCUGGAGGCCGUACUCCACUGCCAUCAGAUGGGGGUGGUACACAGAGACCUUAAGCCGGAGAAUCUGCUGCUGGCCAGCAAGUGUAAGAACGCAGCUGUGAAACUGGCCGACUUUGGACUGGCUAUUGAGGUUCAAGGAGAGCAGCAGGCUUGGUUUGGCUUUGCAGGAACUCCUGGUUAUUUGUCUCCAGAGGUACUGAGGAAGGAGGCGUACGGUAAACCUGUAGACAUCUGGGCAUGUGGUAAGCUCUUUGUUUGUGUCUUUCUACAGCCGCCUCCUUGCUCUUCCAAAAAGAUUGUCACUCAGAAAGACAUAUAUUUGUGCGUAGGUGUGAUCCUUUACAUUCUUCUGGUCGGGUACCCUCCGUUCUGGGACGAGGACCAGCACAAGCUCUACCAGCAGAUCAAAGCUGGAGCUUACGAUUUUCCCUCUCCAGAGUGGGACACCGUGACUCCUGAGGCUAAAAAUCUGAUCAACCAGAUGCUGACGAUCAACCCUGCUAAGAGAAUCACUGCCCAGGAGGCUCUGAAGCACCCAUGGGUCUGCCAACGCUCCACUGUGGCCUCCAUGAUGCACAGACAGGAGACGGUCGAGUGCCUGAAGAAGUUUAACGCCAGGCGGAAACUUAAGGGAGCCAUAUUGACCACCAUGCUGGUGUCCAGGAACUUCUCUGUGGGUCGACAGACCACGGCCCCGGCUGCUGUCAGCGGGGUGGGAGGAACAACCGCCGGAAUCGUGGAACAAGCAGCCAAGAGUCUCCUCAACAAGAAGGCGGAUGUCAAACCCCAGACAAACAGCACGAGAAACAGCAUAGUCACCAGUCCCAAAGGAAACAUCCCUUCGGCUGCACUGGAGCCACAGACUACUGUUAUCCAUAAUCCAGUAGAUGGAAUCAAGGGAUCCUCCGACAGCAGUAACACCACCAUUGAGGAUGAGGACGUAAAAGCUCGCAAACAGGAGAUCAUAAAGAUCACGGAGCAGCUUAUCGAAGCCGUCAACAACGGAGACUUUGAGGCCUAUGCGAAGAUCUGUGACCCUGGCCUUACCUCAUUUGAGCCUGAGGGGCUUGGAAAUCUGGUAGAGGGGAUGGACUUCCACAGAUUUUACUUCGACAAUCUCCUUUCCAAAAACAGCAAACCCAUCCACACCACCAUCCUCAACCCGCACGUGCACAUGAUCGGAGAGGACGCGGCCUGCAUCGCCUACAUCCGCCUGACGCAGUUUGUGGACAGCCAGGGCCGUCCCCGCUCCAGCCAAUCAGAGGAGACCAGAGUAUGGCACCGCCGGGACAGCAGGUGGCAGAACGUGCACUUCCACUGCUCGGGAGCCCCUGCUGCGCCGCUGCAGGGAUGAGCCACCCAGAGGAGACAGAAUGGAGUCAACGAUCCGAGAAAAGGCUUCAGCUCUGAGAGAGAUUUGCAGGUGGAUGGGGGGUGGAUUUGAGGAUUUUUGGGACUGGGCGGAUUGUCCUCCUGCACUCUGCACACCCACCUUGUGCUUCUCUCUCUGCAAACCAUUGCAGACAGUUAGGGCAACACCUAACUCCCCCAACCUACAGCAGCAGUGCAAUAGCAGCUGUGACCAGGAAGCUCUUUACGCCUGCGUCUCCUCUCCAGCUGGCCUGCAUGCGGCCAAACACCCGGACUACUCCUUAUCCUGUCCCCCCGACACGCGGCGCCCUCCUGUUGAUGCUUUUCCUCCUAUAUUAUAAAGUUAUGGUUCUAGAUGUUAUUAUGGCUGCAGUCUCUUGUUGUGCUCUUUCUACUGUACAGUAUAUUUAUUACCUGUUUUAAUCCCUCUCUUUCUUCUUUUUUAUGAAAAGCAUGACUCCUACCUGUACUCUUACUAUUAUGGCGGUUGGUUUUUUUCUCUGCACGACAAAAGCUGCCUGUGUGAAGCGAACAAACAGAACCACAUCUCUUACAUAGAGAGAAACGUGGGUGUAUUUAACUAUGUGUUUUGUUACUUCUUUGUUGUUUUUAUCCUCUCUUUUAUUCUCUCUGGAGUGUUGUUGACCCCUGAACCGACGCCUCCGUGUAUUAUCUGAACCCAACCUAGCUGCUCUGUGAGACAGUGAAAAAAACCAUGCAGCAUGCUACGAUAUUCCUGUUGUUCUUAGCAGUUGGCGUUUACACCCUCCUGCUGUAUAUGUAUAUUUCCAGUUUCAUUGUGGCAGUAUUUACUUGCAUGAGUUAAUGCAUCAAUUAAUUCAAUGUUGCUGUGCAUUUUACUGAACUCCUCCUCUAUCGGACUGAACUGCUGGUGAGCUUCAAUCUGUUUCCUGGGUUGAGUUGAUGCAGAUUAUGUUAUAAAUUCAGUAUGAAAUAUGGAUGUAAGCUUUUAUGACUAUUUCCUUGUCUCAUGAACAGAGUAAGAAUGGCUCUUUACUGUUUAUCAAGCAAAAAUAAAAAUAAAAAAUUUCCUCUCCCAGUU